AUGAAGCUGAGGAAGAGCGAGGAACCGCUCCUGGGGAGAGCGGUGGCUCUGAUCUUUGUCCUCUGCGUCUCGGGGAUGAGAGCAGAAACCGCUCGGUACUCCGUGCCCGAAGAGGCGGAGAGAGGCUCUUUCGUGGCGAACAUCGCUAAGGAUUUGGGGCUAAGCGGUGAGGAAUUAUUGUCUCGUCAGGCUCGAGUCGUUCCUGAAGGAGAAAAGCAGUAUUUACAGCUGAACCAGCACACCGGGGAUUUGGUGGUGAGAGAGCAAAUGGACCGGGAGGAGAUGUGUGGACAGAGCGAGCCGUGCUUGGUGCGUUUCGAGGUGCUGCUGGAAAACCCACUGCAGUCCUUCCGAGCUGAGGUAAAACUCACUGACAUAAAUGAUCACGCUCCAGUGUUCCUAAAUAAAGAGAUAAUUUUAAAGAUGCCGGAAUCUGCAGUUCUGGGGACUAGGUUUUUGUUGGAAAGCGCUCACGAUCCAGACGUGGGGAACAAUAGUCUUCAGCAUUAUAGUAUCAGCUCAAACGAGUAUUUCCAUGUGUACACCCAGCGGCGGAAUGACGGCGGGAGGUACGCGGAGCUGGUGUUGGAUCGAGCCCUGGACCGGGAGCAGCAGGCAGAAGUUGUUUUCAGCAUCACGGCUGUGGAUGGCGGGACUCCACCGCGGUCUGGCACAGCUUUAAUCCGCGUGGUAGUCCUGGAUAUAAACGACAACAUCCCGGUAUUUACCCAGACUCUGUAUAAAGUCUCUGUAAAGGAAAAUAGCUCCCAGGACACCAUAGUGGUGGUAGUGUCUGCUAGCGAUUUGGACGCAGGAACGAAUGGGGAAAUAGUGUAUUCCAUAUUUCGAAAUUCAGAGGAAAAUCUCCAAACGUUUAAAAUAAACCCAGAGACAGGUCAGAUUCGACUCAAAAAGCUUUUGGAUUAUGAAGAAAAAAAGACCUAUGAGAUAGACGUCCAAGCGACAGAUGGAGGGGGCCUGUCCACGCAUUGCAAGGUGGAGGUGCAUGUGAAGGACGUGAACGAUAAUGCCCCCGAGGUGAUCAUCACCUCUCUCACCAGCACCCUCUCCGAAGCCGCCCCGCCGAACACUGUGGUGGCCCUCUUCAACGUGCGGGACCGGGACUCGGGGGACAACGGCAGGACGACUUGCGAGCUGACAGGAGAGCAGCCCUUCAGGAUCACGGUGCUGGCAGCCGACGCGUACGCGCUGGUGACAUCAGAGACGCUGGACCGGGAGCAGGUGGAGGAAUACAACGUGACGGUGCGAGCUCGCGACGAGGGCUCUCCCGCCCUGUCGGCGUCCAAAAUCCUGUUCUUGCGGCUCUUGGAUGUGAACGACAAUGCACCCAGCUUCACGCAGGCUAUUUACACCAUGGUGAUGAGCGAAAACGAGCCCGCGGGAAAAAGCCUGGGCCGCCUCAGUGCCACGGACCCUGACGCAGGAGAAAACGCCCGAGUGAGAUACGCUCUAGUGCCGCCACCGACAGGAACCCUCGCCGCGGCAUCAUUCGUGUCAGUGGACGCGGAGAGUGGGACCGUCCGGAGUUUGCGCCCGCUGGACUAUGAGAAGGUUCCUGCCUUCGAGGUGACAGUGAGCGCAGCCGAUGGCGGCUCCCCGCCGCUCAGCGCCCAGGCCGUGCUACGCGUGGUGGUGCGGGACGAGAACGAUAACGCGCCCGUGCUGCUGCACCCGGCCCCCGACAGCAGCGCGGCCGGAGAGCUGGUGCCGCGCUGGGCACCCUCCGGCUACCUGGUGGCCAAGGUGGUGGCGGUGGACGCGGACGCGGGGCAGAACGCGUGGCUGUCGUACGAGCUGGCCAAGGCCACGGAGCCGGGGCUGUUCCGCGUGGGGCCGCACAGCGGCGAGGUGCGCACGGCGCGGGCCGUGACAGAGAGGGACGCGGCCCGGCAGAAGCUCAUCGUGCUGGUGCGGGACCGCGGGCAGCCGCCGCGCUCUGCCACUGCCACCCUCGCCGUGGCACUGGUGGACGAUUUCUCCGAUGCCUUCCAACAGCUUGGCCACGAUCCUGCAAGCGGACAGCAGCCGCAGGAGGCCGAGGAGGAAAUGCUCACGACUUACCUCAUCGCCUCCCUGUGCUGCGUCUCGUCCCUUUUUCUCUUGUCCGUCCUCGUCUUGACGGCUAGCACAUUCUGCAAAGCUCGGGUCCGGGCAGAACUUCCUCCUCCCUCUCCCAUCUGCUACGCCGAUGGAGAUUUUGCCAGCAAAGGCUUGGCUGUGGGCAGCACUGGCACUCUGUCGCCAGCUUACCGCUACGAAAUGUGUCUGACCAGCGGCUCGGGGACGAGCGAAUUCCAGUUCCUGAGGCCCAUCCUGCCAAGCCCUCAUAUCAAUGCUGAGGCGGGGCUGGACAAGGGCGAGGAGCCGCUACGCCUCUCGCAGCCUGCCUGCGAGCCCCAGAAUGUGUGCGCGGCUCCGCGGGCCGGGGCGAGCGGCAGCGCGGGCUGCGGGCGGCGGCGGGUGCAGUCCCAGCGCGCACCGCUGGGUGGUGCCCUCGGCCAAGGCGGCGCCGAGCGGCUGCGGCAGCGGAGGAGGCCGAAAACCAGCCCAGCACAGCUCAGCGCAUCUCGGACGAGCCGAGCCGAGCCGAGCCGAGCCGAGCCGGGCGGAGGUGGCAGCGGCUGCGGCGGCGAGCGCUGCCCCGUGUCACCCGCUGCCGGGACACGCCGGCCCCGUUCCGAGCCGCCGGCGGAAUCUCAGCCAGCCACGGAAGGCGCCCGUCCCCCACUCCGCCGCUUUCCGCGCCCAAUCGCCCGGGACAUCCCCCACACCGAGCCCGGCCGACACCGCCGCCGCCGCCGCCGAGCCAUGGCGAUCGCAAGGCAAGUGCUUUGUCUCUCUGCUUUCCUCUCGCUGCCGCACGCUCGCGCCGAGCCCAUCCGCUACUCCGUAGCCGAGGAGGCGGAAAGCGGCUCCCUGGUGGGCAAGCUGGCGGAGGACGCGGGGCUCACGCCGCCGCAGCUCUCGGCUCGCCGCGCCCGCCUGGUCUCGGAGGACGGCCGGCAGCAUUUUCGCUUAGAGCGCGGCUCCGGCCGCCUCCUCGUGGCGGGGAGGCUGGACCGGGAGGAGCUGUGCGGCCAGGCCGCCACCUGCAUGCUCCCCUUCGAGCUCCUGCUCUCCGACCCGCUGCAGUUCUUUCGGGUCGAGGUGGCUCUGCACGAUAUCAAUGACCAUUCGCCAGUUUUUAGGAAGGAUCGUGUCAGUUUUAGGAUCCCCGAAACGAGCGAGCCGGGCUCUCGUUUUCCGCUGGAGGUGGCUCGCGAUCGCGAUAUUGGCAGCAACACUGUCCAGGCGUACAGCAUAUCACCGGAGAACGAGUCUUUCACUGUCUCCUAUGGUAGUCGGAAUGCGGAUGACAAAUAUCUUGAACUGGUCUUGGAAAAGCCGCUGGAUAGGGAGGAGCAGGCAGAGAUGAGUUUAACUGUAAUCGCUGAAGAUGGGGGCACUCCUCCCAGAAGUGGCACCACCGAGGUGAAAAUUGUUAUUAUAGAUGCAAAUGACAAUGCUCCCACCUUCACACAGCAGGUGUAUAUUGGAAAGGUCCUGGAGAACACGCCAGAAGGUUCUGUGGUUCUGACUGUUGUGGCAAACGAUCCAGAUUCUGGUGUUAAUGGGGACAUUUCCUAUGAACUCAGUGAUACAGUGGGGCAGAGCGACACAGCAUUUGAGAUUGACCCCAAAUCUGGUGAAAUUAAACUCACAAAACCUCUGGACUUCGAGGCAGCAGAAUCUCACGAGCUGAGUGUAAGGGCCACAGACGGUGGGGGUCUCUCCGCAAUCUGCAAAGUGUUGGUGGAGGUGGUGGAUGUGAACGACAAUGCCCCCGAGCUGGCGGUCAGCUCCUUCAGCAGUCCCCUCGCCGAGAACGCCGUGCCCGGCACCGUGGUUGCCCUGUUCACGGUCAGGGACCGCGACUCUGGUGCCAACGGCGAGAUCUCGUGUGCCCUCGACCACGAGCUCGUGUUCUCCCUGCGGCCAGCCUACAAGAAUUACUAUGAGCUGGUGACAGUGAGCGCGCUGGACCGCGAGCACACGGCUCAGUACGUGCUCGGGGUCACGGCAGCAGACGCGGGCUCGCCUCCUCUCUCGAGCACGCACACCUUCACCGUGGCCGUCUCGGACGUCAACGACAACGCCCCCGUCUUCAACCAGACGUCCUACACCAUGUAUGUGCGGGAGAACAACGUCCCCGCGGUGCUGGUGGGAGCCGUGAGCGCUGCAGAUGCCGACGCGGGGCUCAAUGCCAAGGUGACCUAUUCCCUGGCGCCGGUGGCAGCGGCGGAGCGGCCGCCGUGCUCCUGCGUGUCGGUGAACUCUGAGAGCGGCCACGUGUUUGUGCUGCGGCCCCUGGACUACGAGCGCUUGAGGCAGACCGAGGUCACGGUGAGCGCCUCUGACGCGGGCUCUCCUCCCCUCAGAGCCAACGUCACCGUCCGCCUUGUCGUGCUGGACGAGAACGACAACGCGCCGCUCGUGCUCUACCCAGCCCAGGACGGCAGCCCGGCGGCCAGCGAGCUCGUGCCCGUGGCGGCCGAGGCGGGCUACCUGGUCACCAAAGUGGUGGCCGUCGAUGCCGACUCCGGACAGAACUCCUGGCUCUCGUACCACCUGCUCAGGGCCACCGAGCCCGGCCUGUUCACCGUGGCUCUCCAGAGCGGCGAGGUGCGUCUCAAGAGGCCGCCGACCGAGAGGGACAGCGUGAAGCACAAGCUCCUCGUCCUGGUCACAGACAACGGCAAGCCCCCGCUCUCAGCCACCGCAGCUCUGAGCGCGCUCCUGCUCAAGGACUUCUCCGACGUGCGCCUCCCGCACGGCAGCCCGCCCCCAGACCAUCAGGGCGACUCCCUCACCACCUAUCUAAUCAUCUCCUUGGUCUUCGUCUCGCUCCUCUUCCUCGUCUCCACCGCCGUCUUUGUGGCUCGCCAGGCGUGCAAGAGGAAGGAGCUCGAGCCCGCCCAUGUGCUUUACGCUGCCGACAACUUGCAGAGCGGCCUGGCCGAUGCAGCCGCUGCAGGGACCCUGCCCCGCGCCUAUUGCUACGAGAUCAGCCUCACCACGGGCUCGGGCGACAGCGAGUUCAAAUUCCUCAAGCCCGUCCUGCCCAGCCUGCCCCCACAGCCCUGCGCCGCGGGCCAGGACCCGCAUGAACAGGAACAGGAUUUCCCCCGUGUCCCUGUCAGCACAGAGGACGUGGCACCGGACUAUGCUGGCACUCUCUCUGCUCCACAGUUCAACGCUCUUUCCUUUGACUAG